AGUCCUGUAGCCCAAAUACCCUACUGUUUUCCUGCGUCUGACUUCGAUCCAGACAAAGAUGCUGCUAGAAUAGAGACUUGCUAUCAAGACCAAGGAGUGGAUGAAGCGACCAUCAUCGCUGUUCUGACCAAGAGGACCUACAGCCAGAGGAGAGAGAUCGCGUUCGCUUAUGAGAGGAAAGCCAAGAAGGAUCUGGUGACAGCCCUGAAGGCGGCUCUAUCUGGGUCGUUGGAGACUGUGAUCUUAGGCCUAAUGAAGAGUACAGCUCAGUACGAUGCCUCCGAGAUCAAAGGGUCCAUUAAGGGUCUAGGAACGGACGAGGAGGUGCUGAUAGAGAUUGUCUGUUCUCGCAGCUCCUCAGAACUGGCUGAGAUUAARACUGUCUACAAGGAACUGUUCAAGAAAGAUCUGGAGAAGGAUGUGGCUGGAGACACCUCGGGAGACUUCGCCAAGCUGCUGCUGGCCCUGGUGCAGGUACGGCCCUAAGUAGCCCUGGUGCAGG